AUGACGGACACUUCUGUGACAUUGCAUACAGAUGUAGGGGAUAUUAAAAUAGAAGUCUUCUGUGAGAGAACACCCAAAACCUGUGAGAAUUUUUUGGCUCUUUGUGCCAGUAAUUACUACAAUGGCUGUAUAUUCCACAGAAAUAUCAAGGGUUUCAUGGUUCAAACAGGAGAUCCAACAGGUACUGGAAGAGGAGGUAACAGUAUCUGGAACAAGAAGUUUGAGGAUGAAUACAGUGAAUAUCUUAAGCACAGUGUUAGAGGUGUUGUAUCCAUGGCCAAUAAUGGCCCAAACACAAAUGGAUCCCAGUUCUUCAUCACUUAUGGCAAGCAGCCACAUUUGGACAUGAAGUACACAGUAUUUGGAAAGGUAAUAGAUGGUCUGGAGACCCUAGAUGAAUUGGAGAAGUUACCAGUAAAUGAGAAGACAUACCGACCUCUUAAUGAUGUACACAUUAAGGACAUAACUAUUCAUGCCAACCCAUUUGCUCAGUAGCUAUAAUAGACUGGGCAAAUACUUGGCAAGCUGUUCACGGAACACACCUAAUGUGGUUUACCCAGUUCUAAUGUCAGAGAUUGCAUCAUCCUUCUACUUGUUUACAGCUAAGAUCUUUUAUGAGGCGGUGGUUCCGAGGGAAGAGAAACAGCUUUUAGCCCCACUCUUAUAAGUACAUUCUUUACUACAACUGUUAUCCAAUGUAUUUCUUUAAUUUUAAUAUAAAAAAUGUAUUUAAUUAUUGUUACAAAUAAACAUUUAUUUUUAAAUCCUGACUCUCUUCAUUAAAUCUAGGCAUUUUGAGCACCCUAAUUACAUACUCUUACCAUA